AGGCACAAUAUAUAGCCUAAGAAGCUUUUUUAAUUUUUUUUUUUAAAGAAGAAAAGAGAGAGAAUUGUUCAAUUGAUGCGCGACGUCGGAUUUGAUGAAAAGGAAGUUUUCGACUUGGCGCCUACAACUACUUUUGUAGGCCUGAAAAUUCACAGUCUUCCCUCAUCAGAACACAAUAUCUUUCUCCUCCUCUUUUGUCUUCCUUCGCCGUCGAUUUUAAGGUUUUAUCUUCUCCGUAGUGAAAGCACUGAUAAUUUCUCCAAGGAAUUUACGAGGAGGAUUUGGUUUGUUUCUCCUGCGUGUUAG